AUGCCUAUAGCAAGGCAUAAGAACAAAGCAAAAUUGUUGAAAUUAGUUCGGCCCAUCAUUUCAGGUGAACAUCCGGAGGCGAUGCAAACCGGCUCAUCCGGCUGUCAGUUUAGUUGGCUAACAAUUUUCCUGCUCGUCGCUUUGGUGUUGUGCUAUCAGCAGCAAAAUUUGGCAAUGCAAGCAACAAGCGCAGUGGUGGGUGUAGCGAUCAGCACAAAGGCAACCGAAAUGGCAACAAAAUCGCCUGUAUUACCGGUAGCAGGAGCAGCACAAGCAGCACCAACAAAUAGUAGUGAAUUGAGGCAGAAUGACAUAAAAGCAACAACUGCGACAACAACCAAAACAACAACAAACUCACCAACAACCGAAGCCCAAACAGCAAUCGACAAUCUAUUGCUGCAUGGAAAACUAGCAAUAAAUAAUACAAUAGCACUAACAACAACGAUAUCCGCAGUGCCCAAUAAAACAAUGGCUGGCAAAGCCAUAACAACUACAACAAGCGCACAAAAAGCAACAGACGCAUAUGUGGCAUAUGAGCUAAGGCCAAUGCAAAACAUGCUGCCCGGAGGCACUCAGCGCAGUAAAUGCAUGACAGCAGCAACAACAACAACAACAACAACAUUAACAAACAUUUCCACAACCAUAGCAACAAGUUCGAGAGCGGCGAGCGCAAUAAGCCCAAUAAAAGCGGCGCUUGCGACUACUAUCAGCAGACACAGAAUUACAAAAACUACAACAAAAAAUUGUAGCAGCACAACGAAUAUGCCCACCAGUUCAACAAUUGCCAGCAGCCAUAAUCCAGCCAACAAUUCGCACUUCAAAGUCCAACUAACGCAAAGUAGUUACAGCCGAGGCAAUAUUAGCAGGCCGACUAGCACUAAGCGCAAAAUCAACUGCAAUGAAAUGAGCAGAAGCAGCAGCAGCAGCAACAACAAUAAAAACAUGAGCAACAGCAAACGCAACAACAACAAUAGCAGUAGUAGUAGUAGUAGCAGCACUGUGGGCGUACGCAUACUAACACCCGCUAAAGAUACCAACCGCUGCAAUGAAGCAGAAGUAGCAAACAGCAGCUGCCAGACAGCGUGUCACUACAAGCGCGUUGCAGCAGUCAGAUGAUGCGUCGUCGAAAAUAGGCAGUUGCAGUGGCAGUGGCAGCAAUG